GGCAGGGCGGGGUUUCGCGCGCCGCGGCCAAGCCCAGCUACUUGGUCCGCCCGCGGGCGCCCGAGCCGCACUGCCUGCGGGAGCCCAGGACGAGGCGCCCCGGGGGAGGAGGGCGAAGGAACCCGGCGAUGGCUCUGCUGAGACUCCCGGGGUCCGCCGUCCUCGCCGCUGCUGUCUUCGUGGGAGGCGCCGUGAGUUCGCCCCUGGUGGCGCCGGACAGCGGCGGUAGCCGCAAGUUGCACUCCGGAACAGAGACGACGCCACCGCCCGCUAACAGCACCGGGAAUGGACACCCCGAAUACAUCGCGUAUGUGCUCGUCCCUGUGUUCUUCCUCAUGGGCCUUUUCGGCGUGCUCAUCUGCCACCUGCUUAAGAAGAAAGGCUAUCGUUGUACAACGGAAGCAGAACAAGACGUGGAAGAGGAAAAGGCUGAAAAGAUAGAGCUGAAUGACAGUGUAAAUGAAAAUAGUGACACCGUUGGGCAGAUUGUCCACUACAUCAUGAAAAAUGAAGCAAAUGCUGAUGUUUUAAAGGCAAUGGUAGCAGAUAACAGUGUGGGUGAUCCUGAAAGCCCCGUGACUCCCAGCACUCCUGGGAGCCCGCCUGUGAGUCCUGGGCCCUUGUCGCCGGGAGGCACCCCGGGAAAGCACAUCUGUGGCCACCAUCUGCACACAGUGGGUGGUGCUGUUGAGAGGGACGUAUGUCAUCGGUGUAGGCACAAGCGGUGGCACUUCAUAAAACCCACCAACAAGUCCAAAGAGGGCCGCCCAAGGCGUCAAGGAGAGGUCACCGUCCUCUCUGUCGGCAGGUUUAGAGUUACAAAAGUGGAACACAAGUCAAACCAGAAGGAGCGGAGAAGUUUGAUGUCGGUUAGUGGGACUGAAGGCGUCAAUGGAGAAGUGCCUGUGGCACCUGAGAAGAGGGAACGACGUGACACAGAGUAGCAGGAGUGACUGAAGAGUUCUAAGAGACUGAAAACUUCCCAGAUAAAAAGUGGCCCAGGGGAUUUUUAAAAAUCUUUUAUACAGUUUCUAUUGUAAAGUCUGCAGGCAUGUGGAUAAAAGCUAAAAAGGAUUAUUGUUGCUCUGCUGGAUAUAGAAUUCAGUUUGCUUUGAAACAAGUUUUGUUUAAAAAGUCUGAUGACAAAUGUAUUACAUUUCCAGGGAAGAAAAGAGCCCAUUUUUAAAAUCUUUCCAGCAACCCCACCUCCCAACCCGCCCUCCCUGGCCUUGUACACAUGGCAGUUUUUCCAGUAUGAUCACUGUGUGCAGGAGAACUAUUUGUGUACAGUCUGUGCUGAUCUCCAGUGUGUGCGCCUGUGUAGGGGUGCUUCUGCUCCCCAGCCCUGAGAUCCCGUUUUGCUACUGGCAAGGGAUCCAUGUAGAGUGUAACUGUUACAUAAGAUUAAGAAGAGUCUUCCGUGGUGGGAGGCCCUUGAUGAUAAUCUAGUCAAGCCCUAGAAACUGAUCCCCCAAGAGGCCUUGGCAUCAGGUGGAACCAGAUGCUAGACUGUGAAUUCCUAGACCAAGAAUUCAAUCUUAAGUCCUGAAACCACCAUGCCUAGGUGACUUAUAAAAUGUCGAGAGUUUUGUUUUGUUUUGUUUCAGGAUUUUUAGUUGGUGAGAAAUUCUUAUUUAGUCCACUGAAUAAGGGGGAAAAUGGUUUAAAGUCACUAAAAAUGAAAAAAAAAUUCUUAUUUUGACAACCUAAGGCCAAAAGAAAACAAAAGACUCUACUUGUGGUACAAGAUUGGCCCGUACCUCCCUCUGGCAUGUUUUCUUGGAGCACCACUUGAUAUUUUCUAUCUUGUAACUAAUGCUCGUUAUUGAAAAGAUUUUUGAUGAUUGCUUUCCCCUGUAGGCAUAGAAAACCCUACUUUUUUAAGCUUGACCGUUUAUGGGUCACUGGAAAAGAGACAGUCCAUUCAUGGUAGGUCUGGGCCAGUAGCAGGGACAUCUGCACACCCUGCCCCUGUGACAGUGUUGUCCUGGUGCCUUGGGACUUUUUUUUAUUUCAGAGAGAAAAAGCCCAUGUCUCAUUUAGCCCCCCAAAGAUGAUUUCCAUCAAAAUGUACUUUAAAGUAUUUAUUGUAAAUAUACUCAGUUGUUCUUCUUCUGGCAUCAAACUAAACAUUUCUAACCUUUUAUAUGAAUGGUAGGUUCAAUUUCAUGUGAAUUUUUAUUGACAACUAACAAAAGCUGUAUGUAUGUAUAUGGACUAGAGGAAAAUGUAUGGAAAUAAAUUUCACUGAAGUCCAGAAAAUAGCAAUAUAGGAAUUUUUGGGGUGUGUAUGAGUGUAAAUAAUAUAUGUGCGUUCUAGACCAAUAAUUUUAGUUUAAAAAAAAAAGAAUCUUUUUUUUUGUGCUUUAAAAAUAUUAUUGCCCUCAAAAUGGUGAGGGAUAAAAUGUAAGAUAGUCUUUAGUGUUCAUAUUUUAAUUUUAUUCAAGUCAGAGCACUUUUUGUAGCAAUACAACAGGCAAGAGAAUAUUGAAAAAUAUUUAAAAUUGUGUUUAUACCAAGAGUACGUUUUAAAUAUUUUCUGAUACUUGAGCAGUUUUUGUCUGGCUGGCUUGCAAAUAUGCCAAAAGCAUUCAAUAUUUUCAACACAUGAACUUUUUACUAGUUUAUAUUAUCUCAUACAAAUUCAUAAGUGUUCCCCCAACAACUGAUGUUUACAGGUCUUGUGUUUUUCCUCCUCCUUUAGAAGGAUUGGGGAUCCACAACAAACUUAUUAUAAAACACUAACGAUGGACUAAGUUCUGGUGUAAUAAAUGAGUUGGCUACCACCUUGAUGUAAAAAUUUGUAAAGGAAAUUUUUCACCACUUUGAGUGUCAAAUGUAUUUUUAACUGUCUGGUUUGUACUUUCAGGACUUUUGUACUACCAAAACAGAGUUAAGAAUAAACACGUUAAACACUG